AUGGCUCGUACCAAGCAGACCGCCCGCAAGUCGACCGGCGGGAAGGCUCCCCGCAAGCAGCUGGCCACCAAGGCGGCCCGCAAGAGCGCGCCGGCCACGGGCGGCGUGAAGAAGCCGCACCGCUACCGGCCCGGCACCGUGGCGCUGCGCGAGAUCCGCCGCUACCAGAAGUCGACCGAGCUGCUGAUCCGCAAGCUGCCCUUCCAGCGCCUGGUGCGCGAGAUCGCGCAGGACUUCAAGACCGACCUGCGCUUCCAGAGCUCGGCCGUCAUGGCGCUGCAGGAGGCGUGCGAGGCCUACCUCGUGGGGCUCUUCGAGGACACCAACCUGUGCGCCAUCCACGCCAAGCGCGUCACCAUCAUGCCCAAGGACAUCCAGCUGGCCCGCCGCAUCCGCGGGGAGAGGCUCAGCCAGGACUUGUGGAUUGAACUGAAGCACCAACCUCUCCAGCAGACGGCAGAAGACGAUUGUAGACUACGUACCUUGGAUUUGAUGCAUGCGAUUAACUCGAUUUUGCACCUGCAAGCUGCCUACGUGCUGUUUUGCUACAAGGCCCCUGAGCCAGCAGGAAAAAAGCAGCCACAAAACACACAGCAGCAAGAUUUACUUGGAGCUGGUGUACUUGGUGACGGCCUUGGUGCCCUCGGACACGGCGUGCUUGGCCAGCUCGCCGGGCAGCAGCAGGCGCACGGCCGUCUGGAUCUCGCGGGACGUGAUGGUGGAGCGCUUGUUGUAGUGCGCCAGGCGCGACGCCUCGCCCGCGAUGCGCUCGAAGAUGUCGUUGACGAACGAGUUCAUGAUGCCCAUGGCCUUGGACGAGAUGCCCGUCUCUCCUUGCGGCUGCGCUUGCGCUUCUUGCCGUCCUUCUUCUGCGCCUUGGUCACCGCCUUCUUCGAGCCCUUCUUCGGGGCGGGAGCGGACUUCGCUGGCUCAGGCAUGACGCACAAUUACCUCCCAGCAACAGCCAUGGCUCGUACCAAGCAGACCGCUCGCAAGUCCACUGGCGGGAAGGCUCCCCGCAAGCAGCUGGCCACCAAGGCGGCCCGCAAGAGCGCGCCGGCCACGGGCGGCGUGAAGAAGCCGCACCGCUACCGGCCCGGCACCGUGGCGCUGCGCGAGAUCCGCCGCUACCAGAAGUCGACCGAGCUGCUGAUCCGCAAGCUGCCCUUCCAGCGCCUGGUGCGCGAGAUCGCGCAGGACUUCAAGACCGACCUGCGCUUCCAGAGCUCGGCCGUCAUGGCGCUGCAGGAGGCGUGCGAGGCCUACCUCGUGGGGCUCUUCGAGGACACCAACCUGUGCGCCAUUCACGCCAAGCGCGUCACUAUCAUGCCCAAGGACAUCCAGUUGGCCCGGCGCAUCCGCGGGGAGCGCGCCUAG